AGUCGGGGGGCAUUGUCAUCUCGCCGUUCCGCCUGGAGGAGCUCACCAACCGCCUGGCCUCGCUGCAGCAGGAGAACAAGGUGCUCAAGAUCGAGCUGGAGACCUACAAGCUCAAGUGCAAGGCGCUGCAGGAGGAGAACCGCGACCUGCGCAAGGCCAGCGUGACCAUCCAAGCCAGGGCUGAGCAAGAAGAAGAGUUUAUCAGUAACACGUUAUUCAAGAAAAUCCAGGCUUUGCAGAAGGAGAAGGAGACUCUUGCAGUGAAUUAUGAGAAGGAGGAAGAGUUCCUCACCAACGAGCUCUCCAGAAAGCUGAUGCAGCUGCAGCAUGAGAAAGCUGAACUGGAACAGCAUCUGGAACAGGAGCAGGAAUUUCAGGUCAACAAACUGAUGAAGAAAAUAAAAAAGCUGGAGAAUGAUACCAUCUCUAAGCAGCUCACAUUGGAGCAGUUGAGACGGGAGAAGAUUGACCUUGAAAACACAUUGGAACAAGAACAAGAAGCUCUAGUUAAUCGCCUCUGGAAAAGGAUGGAUAAACUUGAAGCUGAAAAGCGAAUCUUGCAGGAGAAAUUAGACCAGCCUGUGUCUGCUCCACCAUCGCCCAGAGACAUCUCCAUGGAGAUUGAUUCUCCAGAAAACAUGAUGCGCCACAUCAGGUUUCUGAAGAAUGAAGUGGAGCGCCUCAAGAAGCAGCUGAGGGCCGCCCAGCUACAGCAUUCUGAGAAAAUGGCCCAGUACCUGGAGGAGGAGCGCCACAUGCGGGAAGAGAACCUGCGGCUGCAGAGGAAGCUGCAGAGGGAGAUGGAGCGGAGAGAAGCUCUCUGUCGCCAGCUCUCUGAGAGCGAAUCCAGCCUGGAAAUGGACGAUGAGAGGUAUUUCAAUGAGAUGUCUGCACAAGGAUUAAGACCGCGCACUGUGUCUAGCCCCAUCCCUUACACACCUUCUCCAAGUUCCAGCAGGCCUAUAUCACCCGGUCUCUCCUACGCAAGCCAUGCUGUUGGCUUCACGCCCCCGACAUCACUGACCAGAGCCGGAAUGUCUUACUACAACUCCCCGGGGCUGCACGUGCAGCACAUGGGGACCCCCCACGGCAUCACGAGACCUUCACCUCGGAGGAGCAACAGCCCUGACAAGUUCAAACGGCCCACACCGCCUCCGUCUCCCAACACACAGACCCCGGUCCAGCCGCCCCCGCCCCCGCCGCCGCCGCCGCCCAUGCAGCCCGCGGCCCCCGCUGCAGCCGCCUCGCAGCCAGCCCCCUCGCCACACUCGGUGCACCCCUCCCCCCAGCCUUAAUGCAUGUGCGUGGUCCGGAUCUCAAGUCGGGACUGGAGGAGUGGAGCCGCCGUCUGCUCAAGCCAAAGGCUUCCUUCCCUGGCAUAUUGGAUCUGACUUCUUUGCACUGAGGUUAUCUAGGCUUCACUAUUCAUUGUGUUGUAAAUGUUUGUCGGAAACGCAGCCGGUGUUGUGGGUCUGCAGCACUAAGCAGGCGACUUUCCCAGCAGUGUUCUACUUGAAUCUACAUGUCUGCCCCUUCCCUGGCUGGAGCAUCGCUUUGGCACUUGGUAAUAGAGCAGCAGUGUGCAGUCUUUGCUUGCCCCUCCUGAGCUUCAUUUUCUUGGCCUUUAGGUUCAUUAAAUAAAAAGGGAUAUCUUUUUUAUAUUUUUUUCACAAAUUUGCAGAAAAUUACUGAGCUGUUGCUCCCCCUUGUAGAGUUACAGUGGUGUUCAUCAGGCGUACCAAGAACUCAGCACCACAAUGCAGACUGUUGAAAAUCUGACUUUCAGUGUAAAAGGGAAGUUAGAUGCAUCAGUGCCCGAGAUACAUUUACUGUUUAAUAGAGCUUUCUACAGACAGACUUUUUACAUGUUAUUUUCAGUGUAAAGCAGCAGCCAUUAUCUC